UAAGCCAUGAUGCCUAUUUAUAUUUAUCCUUGUCAAGUAAUCUGAAGAUAUAGGGGAGUAAACUGGAGAAAAUACCCUCCUCAUCCAACUCUGAGCUUUUCUAUCAUGAUGAACCAGUUUCUUAGCUGCCGUGAGCAGUGAUCAUCCAUCCACUGGUGGUUUUCAAGAUUGGUGCCAAUUCAAUGACGAUGGGGAACCAGCUGGCACCCGUGCCUCCUUUCCUGCCCCACUUGCAGGCCCUGCAUGUGGUCGUAGUUGGAUUAGAUACAGCUGGCAAAACAUCACUGCUUUACCGCCUGAAGUUUCAGGAGUUUGUCAAGAGUGCACCUACCAAGGGUUUCAACAUGGAGAAAAUCCGGGUGCCACUGGGAGGCUCUCGCAUCAUCACGUUCCAAGUAUGGGAUGUGGGUGGCCAGGAAAAGCUGCGUCCUCUCUGGAAAUCCUACAUGCGCCGUACGGAUGGGGUUGUUUUUGUGGUGGACUCAGCAGAGGUUGAACGUUUGGAAGAGGCUCGAGUUGAGUUGCACAGAAUUGCUCACUCCUCGGACAACCAGGGAAUCCCUGUGUUAGUCCUGGCCAACAAACAGGAUGUGGCCCAGGCACUCCCUGUAGCUGAGGUGGAGAAACGUCUUGGCUUACAUGAACUAUACACUUUUACCUUGAGCCACAUCCAAGGUUGCAGUGCCAUCAGUGGACUAGGCCUCCAGCCAGGCCUGGAAAAACUGUAUGAAAUGAUUCUCAAACGCAAAAAACUCCUUCGCAAUGGUAAGAAGAAGCGCUGAGAGAUAACUGGACAAAAAUUGGUGACCAUUCCAAGCAUGAUUCAUGGCAGCUUAUGAAGCAACACUACAUAGACUUCAGUUUCUUACUUGGUGGUUUUUAAUUGUUGGACUUGUGGAUUGUUGAGCAUCUACAUAUUUAUCAUGGCUACUCUCCUAUUGCCCUAAAGAGGGUAGGAAUCUGUCCAGAUUGGGGAGGGAGAAAUGUCUUUUAAAGUAGUGGGUUGGGCUCCGUGGGUUCAGCAAUCCUUUCAUGCUUAGUUUAUCUUUUUAAAAAAUAUCUUCUUGGGCUCUUUCCAGAGGCUCCUGUUUUUUGCAGAAAACAAAGCUUAAAUUAUUAAACAGAUUGUCUGCAGACUUGGGCAAGGCAUUUUUGUCUUCUUCAAUAUAUUGGUAGGGCAACUGGAGUAUGAAGGAGCCUGCCAGUUUCUUUGGGAAAGAGCAAGCAUAAAAUGGUCUUUCCUGGAAAGAGCAGCAGCAUUUAACCUCCAGCAAAGCUCUGCUCAAGGCACUACAGAUACCAUCACAUACUCUUCUCAUGCAUUUGCAGAUUACAUGAACAGGUAAAAUGAGGAAAAGGCAGCUGCAACUGCUUAUAUCCUCUUGACUCCUUCACUUGUUCUAGUGAUGGCAGUCUCUACCUGUUUUUCCUUUUUUUUUUUUUUAAAGUAUAUUCCACAACCAGCUCCCUAGCUCCUUAAGAGCGGAGUACAGCUUACUCCCAGGUAGGAUGAAGCUUUGGCACAGUUCAUUUUAGGAACAAAGUAUUGGAUGCAGCUUUGCCAAAGAGGAUUAAGCUGCUUUGAUUUUAUGUUUGGAGAGAAAGGUAAAGGGACAGAGCGAUUCAUGCAGUGAGAGGACCAUGAGUGGCUGUAAAAUUGCAGAUGCUUCUUUUCUGAAUACUUCCCACUUCAAGACGCAACCAUCAAAGGUCUAGAUCUGGUGCUUGGCUUAUGCUUUGGCAAGAGUUUGAAUUGAGGUAGAGCCCCCAAAUUAACUUUUCAAGGACCAGGUUCCACUUGCACAGUAAAGAGUAAUUUAAAAAACAAAGAUUGUUGCAAGAAUAAAAUGC